GUAAGAAAGACAUGUGUAUGUACUAUAUAUCUAAGUAAUUUCAAAUAUCUUUGAUAUCAACGUAUUUUCUGAAAAGAGAACGUGAAUUGUAUAUUUAUGUUUAGUGGAAUAAUAUUUGUUCUUCUUAUCAUUUAUUUUUUUUGAUUGAUAUGUGUCGUGUAGUGUCGUGUACAUUUUAACUAAUACUUCAUCGUUACACAUCGAACUAGAAAUAAAAUCAGUCUGUGCUAAGAAGAAACAUGUUUCCAGCUUAUGCCUAUUUGUCAGCUUAUGACAGACACAAAAAACUUAUAAAUGAUUAUUUCACAUUGUACGGAGGUUCAGUGUCAUCUUUGAAACGGGAUACGUCCCGAGAUAAGACUGACUAUGACGUUAUUAGAGAAAACCAUAGAUUUCUGUGGGAUCAAGAUAAUGAACCAGAAACAUGGGGUGCUCGUUUGGCAAAGAAAUAUUAUGACAAAUUGUUUAAAGAAUACUGUAUAGCUGACUUAACAUAUUACAAACAAAAUAAGGUUGCCUUAAGAUGGAGAACAGAGAAGGAAGUUAUCGUUGGUAAGGGACAGUUUGAAUGUGGAAAUAAAAAAUGUAAAGAAAAGGAGGAUCUUAAAUCUUGGGAAGUAAAUUUUGGUUACAUAGAGCAUGAUCAGAAAAAAAAUGCUCUUGUCAAAUUAAGACUGUGCCCUGAAUGUUCUAUAAGGUUGAAUUAUAGAUCUCAAAAACGUGAAGCAAAGAAACAUAAAACAUUAAAGAGAUUAGGUACAAAUACUGAAACACCCAGUAGUAUGCCUAGUACAUCAACAGUUCCAAUUAAAAUUGAAGAGGAUAAAGGUACAAGUAAUGUUGGGAAAUCAAUUGAUGAUACAGAAAAAGAUGAAGAUGAAUCUAAAAUUUGGAAAGAAAAACCAAUUGAAAAUCUGGAAAAAACAAGAGAGGAGGAAUUUGAAGAAUAUCUAGCAGAUUUGCUAAUGUGAGAAACAAAAUUAAAGUUUCUUAUAAAAUCAUCUGUUACGAAUAAUGUUUAAAAAAAUACGAUAAUUUCUAUACACAACACGAGUCAUGUUCAAAUAAAUAUAACAUUUGCAGUU